GCCUCCAUACAUACCCACGGCGACACCAACCUCCCUCGCACCGCUCAUCGUCGGGUAAAUUCCCUGGCGUGCUGUGUAAUUUGGACAACAUGGAGACGGAAGCACUGGAAGAAUUCUUCGGUCGGGAAUGGGCCGAGGCCGUCAACAGACAUCGUAAUUCGUUAGAUGAUGACGACCGCGAGACAGUCGAAAGCUUCAGAUCAUGGCACGACGUCCAAAGACAUGUCUUCAAUGGUGUUCCGCCGUCCAUCGCUCUGAUUCGACCGGCUCUGGGCCAUCUGAACGUCUUCGCCGAAUUCUUCGAGACAAGGCUUGGGCCGGACCUCGAUGCGUCAUUUGUUUGGGGUACACUCGCGUGCCUCUUGAAGCUUGCCGCCGAUGAUCCAGAAACGCUGGGCAAAAUUCCUCGGAUGGUGAAGUCCUUAGCCCACAAGGCCGAGGCUUUUAACCGUUUCGGCCACGACAUUCAGGUCGUCAGCAAUCCAAUGAAAGAAGCAUGCUUCGACAUGCAAAUGCUGUUGGUCGAAUUCUUCACGGUCUCAAUCAAUGAUAUCCAUCAAGCGGGUGACGUUCCAUUGCCCCAUGGCGGCUCUUCAUAUCACCGGGAAAGUGGAAGCCCACUCCAACGUAUUGAACAACGCUAUGCUACCACUAACCAAGAGCUCGGAGAAGCUGUAGCCAGGUUUGAGAAACUAAUCCAAAUGAAUUCAUCAGCAUCGGCCCAGAAACCAAGUACGGACGCGAUUGUAAAGGCGCCCAGGUUACGUUACCUCAUGUUGCCUCCGAUAAAAACGACCCGGUUUUUUGACCGAGUCGAUGUGUUUGAGAAGCUUGACCAUAUCCUAGGCAAAGGGAGUUCAUUCCGGUCUGUCGCUUUACAUGGUCUGGGCGGAAUCGGGAAAAGCUCUAUUGCCUCGACAUACAUCGAAACGAAAUUCAAUGAGAAUGAUUACGACGUUGCUUUGUGGGUUCGUGGCGAGAAACCGGAGUCGUUGCGGCAGAGCUUCACGGAUAUUGCCAUGAGACUCAAGCUACACGGUGCUCAGCCCCAGACUCACGACGAGAACUUGCUCUUAGUCCAAGCUUGGUUCCAGUCCACAGAUUGCAGGUGGCUGAUUGUCUAUGACAAUGUCGAGUCGGCCGACAUGCUCAUGCCCUACUGGCCAGGGUCGAGCCAAGGCAAGGCUAUUAUCACAACUCGGAAUCAUUCAUUGGCAUUCCAGCCUGCUUCGUCAGGGGUGGAAGUUAUAACAUGGGACCCCAAAAAGGGAUCAGAGUUUCUCCUCUUCCUCUUGAAACGGGGAAUUGGACGUGAUCUGGAAGCAGAAGGCAAUUCUGCAUUGACUCUGUCCGAACGAUUGAGUGGACACGCAUUGGCCAUUUCACAAAUGGCAGGCAUCAUUCACGACGGAGAGUCUACUAUACAGGAAUUCAUGACCAUGUAUCUGAGGAACCCCCGCCGAGCGCAUGCCACGAAUGAAAUGGCAACGCUCUGGGACUUUUCCUUCAGGUCUCUGGAUCAGAAUAGUCGUUCUCUUCUAGGCGUACUGUCAUACUUGAUGCCGGAUAUCAUUCCGCAGGAACUAUUCGACGCGGGCGCUGGUCGCGAAUUUCCGGAGGAUCUCGACUUUUGCUCCGAUAAUUUCAGCCUUUCGUCCGCACGGAGCAAACUUCUCACACUUGCGUUGGUAAAGAGGAACAGGGACACACGAGUACUCUCUAUCCACAGGAUGGUCCAAGCGCAGUUCAAGUGCUUUCUGAGCCAAGAACAGCGACAAAAAGCCUUCGAUACUACGGUUGCGCUUGUUUAUGACGUCUUUCCAGAGGAAGACACCGCCAAGGGUCAGCUGUACGACGCAUGGGAAACAUGCAAUCGAUACCUGCAGCAUGUCCUCCAUUUGAAAGACUGUUUCACAGAUGAGAGGAGGAUGUCCAAGACCUUCAAGGCCUCAUCGCAGUUUUGUGAACUCCUCGCUCAAUGCCAACGAUAUCUGUAUGAGUCAAACGCAUUGACGGAACUGGAAAGUUUAUGCGAUGUCAACUUGGCUGCCGUGAACACUCUGGAAGAUGGACCUCAGAAGAACGACCUGAAAGCUACCGUCAUGACACACCAGGCAAACCUGGCCGAAAGCCUCGGCAACGCGGAAAAGGCUAUCGAAUUGAACAAAGGGGCAUAUGAGAUCCGGCUUGGUGAGAAUCCCCCAAGGGAAGCCUUGCUCUGCUACAUUGCGAACAAUCUUGGUUACUGCCACAAUACCGCCAACGACCACAAAACAGCCCUGGAGUGGUUCCAAAGGUCACGGGAUUGGUGGCCAGCCUCGGUCGAGAGUCAAGGAGCGACUCGUGACUGCCCCCCUUUCAUAUUAAAGAACACUGCGCGAUGCAUGGUCUAUCUCAACGAUUUUGAGGGAGCGAAGGAAUUGCUCAACAUCUCCAUCCCCCAAUUAAAACAUUCGAAGCCCUCUAACUGGGCGAUGCUUGCGUACGCAUAUUUCGUCCAAGGAACCAUGGAGCGACGCCAGCGCAAAUUUGAAGCGGCCGAAGCUCAUUUUAUAGAGGCGCAGAACUCCUGGCUAAAGGGAGAUCAGGUGCGUAUACACCCAUUCAACGCCGGAUGCAUGUACAAGAUCGGCGUGUGUUGCCUCGACCAGGGCAAGGUUGAAGCCGCAAUCAAACACAUCCGUGACUCGAUGGAGAUGACCAAGUUAUACAGGAAGAACAUGCCGGUUGAGCAUGCCCGCAACCUGUUUAAGCUUUCGGAGGCGUUGGUACAAGACGAAGAUGUCGACGAUGGCACUUGCGAGGCGAAAGAUUUGCGGGAUGAGGCGGAGAUCUACCUCAAGAGGAGAAACCCAGAUUUGUCCGCUUGUGAUACGGAGGACGCCUGACCCCUCUCUCUCUGUCCACGCUGCGAUAGACGAUCCGACAUAAAGGGAGUUGAGCGGAUCCGGCGAGUAGUCUUCCAAGAAGUGGGCCAACUCCGGUCGCUGGCUCGAGAUGGGCUCGCGUCGGCUGCUGCGACCUUCCUGGCGUUGGGUAUAUCGUGCCGAUGACGACGAUGACGCUGGUGCCUUGGACGUUGCUGUCCGAUUUCGGGUUGCUCUCGACCCUGACGGCAAAGACUCAGGAGGCGGAGCUUCCGAU